AUGAUACAAGAAGUAGAUAAAAUGAUGAGUGAUUAUUUGGCACGAGUAAAAACAUAUGAAGAUGAAGUCGAAUAUUAUCCAAUGGAUAAAUUUCAUUAUAAAUGGAAAGGUUUACAAGCAUUAAAUUAUCAAGAAUAUCGAAACAUUUUCACUAAUGUAAUUGAUAGUGAACAAAUAUCAUUUAUGAAAUAUGCAAGAAAAAAAAAUAUGAAUCAGCAUCAUGUAUUCAAACAAAUAUUCUAUUUAUAUGCAAUUGAAACAGGACGAAUAGAAUAUGUUUACGAUAUUGAUGAUACUAUCGUAAUUAACAUGAUGAAGAAAAUGAAUUUGAGUAUUUUAUUAGAAGAAGAAAAGAAUAAAACCAAAAAUGAAUGCGAACAAAUUAUAAAAAUUAUUAAUAUUCAGCUCAAGUCCAUCUUCAACAAUUCUCAACAAUUACCAUUAUUAUUUACAUUAGAUUAUUUAAAACGAUUGCAUGCUGACCAUAUAAAAUAUGCACCAUUUACAAGCCAAUAUGUACCAGAGUUGCAAGCACAAAUUAGAACAUUGAUUCCGUCGGGACGAUUUAAACUGGCACCAAAUUCACCAACACGAAAAGAUGGUAAAUUAUUUCGAUUUUGUCCACCAUCUAAAGUUGAACAGCAAUUAAAAUUAUUAUUUUCGUUGUAUGAAAUAUAUGAACAGAAAAAUAUUGAUCCAGUUCUACUAGCUGCUUGGUUUCAAUCAGAAUUUAUUCAAAUUCAUCCAUUUGUCGAUGGUAAUGGUCGUAUUGGUCGUUUUUUAUCGAGUAAAAUACUGAUGGAUAAUGAUUUAUUGCCUUUUAUUGUGGAGAAAAGAAAAAAGUUGGAGUAUAUUGACUGCAUGGAUGAAAGUAUUGCACAAAAUAAUUUAACAUCAUUAGUUAAUUUUAUUAAACGUGAACAGUAUUCACUUAUUGAAUACGUAUGA